CUUCCCCCCGUGUGAUGAGGUUGGUUGAACACAACAUACCGGGGGCUGAGAAUAGCAGGAUUGCGGACUUCAUGGGCAACAACAAUGGAAUAAAAUCACACUUACCCCCCCGACCUUUUUUUCGUUUCCUCUUAUCCCCUCUUUUCGUUUCCUACUAGAUCGUCACUCCCUUGAAUCGCCAGCUGGUUCUUUCUUUCUUUUUUUUCUUCGUUAUCAUUUUCUUCGCUUUAGGCGUCCAUUCCUUUAAAAACGAAAUCCAUGAUGCGCUAUCUAUCAUUCCUUCCAGUAGUGCUAUGUGCCCUAACAGGCGCGAUUGGGGCAUUCGCACAGGGGACCAGCGGGCAGAAUGCAAUCACAUACCCACUUGGUGGUUCUUUGGAUUCUACCGUGCCCCUCACUAUCACUUGGACCCCCACCACCCAAGGAACAAUCACCAUAAGCCUCCUCAAGGGACCUCCCAGUAACCUCAUAGACCUCGGACCAAUCGCCGCAUCCAUCAGCAAUGGUGGAACCUUCACAUGGACCAUCCCAAAUUCACUGCAGGACAGUGGAUCAAUGCCAAAGGGGGAUAAAUACGGCUUCAAGAUCAUCGACGACGCGACCAAAACCUUCGAAUACAGUCCUCCAUUCGAUCUCUCGAUCCCGGACUCUACCUUCGGUGGUGCCACCGCAAGCGGGACUACCAACCCAACUGCAUCACUAACCACCUCCAUCUCAUCAGCCCCAUCCCAGCCUUCUUCCUCCACCGCAACCCCCACCCCUACUUCCGCGAGUACAGCCACCGAGGAGUCCACCUCUGACCUCCCCUCGACAACAACUCAACCCCUAGUACCCACUAGUACAGACCAGCCAAACGGCACCCCUACCUCGCUCGAGAUUUCCCUACAAUCAACUCUGGCCGCCGCCACAACCACAUCAGUGCCUAAACCCCCGCAAUCGAAAGCGGCGGACAUCCUCGCCCCGAAUACGGGCCCGAAUGUCAUAAUGAUUAUAGGUGUGGCAGCUGGUGCCUUUGGCGGUCUUGCGCUUCUGAUCGUUGGUAUCGUUGUGUUUAUCAAGUGCCGGAAGAGACGGUCGAGGGCUAGGGCCAGAGCACCCUUGGUUUCGGUACAGCCCCCGGUGGGGGGUAUGAGAGGGUAUGGGGUGGAUGGGAUGUAUAACCGAGUUUGA